UUGCUUAUUUUCUGUGUUAAUUUUUCACUUUCUGUUGUUUCCAAACCACAGUUUUAGUUGUAAAAAAGUGCAAUGUAUUUAAAUAGGUUUUAUCAAUGAUUUUAUUCCUGAUUUUACAACAUGGAUGAACUUGUUCAAGAUCUAGUAUCUGCUUUGGAUGAUUCAUCAUUAUGGAAAGAAGAAAUUGAUGAACAAGGCGACAUGUCGGCCGCAAGUUCUGCAAUCGAUCGGGAACUUUACAGGAAAAGAAGAACAAGGAAACGCAGAACUGCAAGCACAAGUUCACAUCUUGUGUCAAGUAUUCUCAACAACUUGGUUGUAGUUAAUCAAAUUCACAGCCCUAGGAGUAGCUCAAGCCUGGAUGAAGCGGUGAAAGACUAUGUUGAAAGCUUUACUGCUAACUGUUCAGAUGAAUCAGAUUCCUAUACUAAUGUAUGGAAUACUAAGCUGAAAAAUGUUGUUUUAUCUAGUGGUUUGCAAGACAGAGUUCAUCACAAACGUGUUUUCAAACAGGCGACACCAUGUAACUGUGAAUCAGAUUCUCAUACAGAAAAUGGCAUUACUAUUCCGGUUUUGCGUAAGCAUAGGAAAAAGAAAUUGAAAAGAAUGACUGUAGACAGUUCACUGCCAGGAUUACUUAGAAGUUCUCCUGGUUCUAAUUCAGCUUCCUGUAAUGAUAAUCACAAAAAUAAACAGCUUAGUAAAUCCAUACCUCACCCAUCUGGUGAGGAAACCCACAAAAUGUCAUGUAAAACGACUAAGUUGAAAAAAGAACAGAAAACUGCAAUUACAUGCUUGGUUUGCUAUCAAAAAUCAUGUGAUAAAUUAUUUCAUAAUCAUACACAAGACAAGAAUGGUUUGUGUCUUACAAACUCUGGUAAUGACAAAGUGAUGCAAUGUGAUAAAGCAAACUUGAAAGCAGAUGAAGUAGUUUCAUGCCAAUGCGAUUGUCAUGCGAAUCUAAACAAAGACGAAAGCAGUAUCAGCAGCACAAGUAGUAAUUCCGACACUGAUUCUGCCAAUUUUACACAAGAUGAUGUAGGUGUUGACGGAGAUGAUGAAAUGACAGACUUUUAUGCAGAAACAGAUGGGGGUCCUGUUUGGGGUAUACCGAACCUAUGUGGCAUGCGUUGCCCAUCUUGGAGCUCAAAAGAUGAAUCAAUGUGGGCUCAUCAGGCAGAAGAUGCUGGUAUUCCCGGUGGUCCUUAUGUAUUUGAUGAAAAAAUUAAAAGAUUUGUAACAGGGUCUAUGCAUAUAUCAGAAUAUUCUAGAAGAGGUUUUCAUGCAAGAAAUAAUAGACUCCCUGGAAUGGCUGCAAGAUCAGUUCGUCGUGGACGAAGAAGAGCUAAAGUUAAGAAAGCAAAGGAGAAAAGAGAUAUGGAUUUUCGUGCAUCACUAAGCAAGUUGUCUCUGAGUGAGAGAAGUAAACGGAUAAAACUGGAUGAAAUAAAAGAGACGUUUUACAGCCAUCAAGAUUGGUCAUCAAACAAGUUCAUGCCAUCUGUACCAACACCACAAGGUACUUCCACAGAGAAUAUUGAAAAUGGGAUAAACAUUGAAGGAUCUGAAAGUCAAAACGUUGAAACAGCUACUGGAAGUUCACACAUGCUUAAUGAACCAAGAUAACAUCUACACUCUACUUUCUGUAAUGUGUUUUUAUUCGGAAAAAUCAAUCUAGGCAUUACUUCACAUUUUAGUAUCUUAUGAUGGUCAAACUUGCUUAGGGUUUAUUAUUCAUUUAUAUACAUAUAAACAUGUUUAUUGUAUCGUUGUCAAAGUUUUUACGAAGUGACAUAUUUUUAUACCUACACUUAUUCCAUAUAAAGUUCAUGUCUCAUUUUACCUCCUACUUCCGAUAUUUAUUGGCUGUCAUCUUUUGAUGACAUUCAAGUUUUGGGUCUAUGUCUAGUUUACUGUUUUACUUUCGGUGAAUUGGAUAUUUCCAAUCUAUUUUAUUCGGUGGGUGGAAAAGUUUAUUGCUGUAAUGUAAGUUGGAUCCAUUCCAAACACGCAUACAGUACAUCAAAGUAUUGUUGUCUAACCAGAAACUGAAUCUUAUUAUUUAGGAUUAUUCGUUCCAUUGUUUCGUGGUGCUUUUUUUUUAAAUUUUAAAGCCUUCCAUUGGGUCAAAUUGAUCAGCAUCAAUUUUUUUCAAUUGUAAACAAAAUUUCUUUGUAUGGAAGAUGGAACAAUAAGUUUUUAUCCGAAUUUUUGAUUCUGUUACAACCUGUGCUCUUAAUACUGUGUUUUCGAAAUGCUGCCACAAUUAUUGUAGUUCGAUUAUAGCAUUGGUGUGCAUUCGUUUUAAAAGGGGCUUAGCCUUGAAGAUUUUAUGAGCCUAAAACAGUCUGAAAACUGCA